AUUUUUUGUGGCUUAUUUGCAGUUCCUAGAAACUUCAGAUUGUUGGAAGAACUCGAGAGAGGGGAGAAGGGAAUUGGAGAUGGAAGUGUCAGCUAUGGAAUGGAUGAUGCUGAUGACAUAUUCAUGCGGUCAUGGACUGGGACCAUCAUUGGUCCUCCUAAUACUGUUCAUGAGGGGCGCAUCUACCAGUUGAAACUUUUCUGCGAUAAAGACUACCCAGAUAACCCACCAACUGUGCGAUUUCAAACACGGAUCAAUAUGACCUGUGUCAGCCAGGAAACUGGAAUGGUUGAACCUAGUCAGUUUCCAAUGCUUGCUGAUUGGCAGAGGGAAUACACAAUGGAGGACAUACUUACCCAGUUGAAGAAAGAAAUGAUGUCUCCUCAGAACCAGAAGCUGGCCCAGCCUCCUGAAGGCAAUGACGAGCAAAGGGUAGACCCAAAGGGGUUGGUGCUGAGAUGUUGUAUUCUCUAAAUAAUUGAAAUGAACCAACAGUAAUGUAUAUAAUAUCCAUGUAGGUCUUAUGGCUGGUCCUGUUUUCCUUCAAUUGUUGCUUGUGUCUAAAGAAAGCAGGGAAAAUUGGACCCUAGCCGAUCCAGCAUCUUGGAUUUGCUUGAUAUUUAGUGCAGUACUAAUAGUGACCUUCUGAAUA